UUCCCCCUCUGUCUCCCUCCUCCACUUCACAUGAUAAGUUAAGUUCCGUUUUGGACUCUAUUUACGUAAAAUUCUGGUCAAGCUUCUUCUUCUUCUUCUUCACUCCUUUAUUUUCUCUUUUCUUUUUUAUUUGAAAAAAAAUUCCGGCGAGAAUGGCUUUGGCGGUGGCGGAGAUUCUCUCCAACCUCAACAUCAACGGGGGAGAUUGGCCUCCUAAUCUUGUCAAGAAUCUCGACCUCAUUUCUCCGGAUCAGAUUGAAUUGGCUAAGAUGUUGUUGGAGAUGGGACAGAGCCAUUUGUUUCAGCAAUGGGCAGAGCCUGGCGUCGAGGACGACCAAAAGAAAGCUUUUUUUGCUCAGGUGGCGAAGCUAAAUUCAAGCUAUCCAGGGGGUUUGGCAUCGUAUAUUAAAACCGCUAGGGAGCUCUUAGCGGACUCAAAAGCAGGGAAGAAUCCGUAUGAUGGCUUCAUACCUUCGGUUCCAACUGGAGAAAUUCCUUCUUUUGGUGAUGAAAAUUUCAUCAAAUUUGAGGAGGCAGGCAUCAAAGAAGCUUCAAAGGCAGCAUUUGUUCUUGUUGCAGGUGGACUUGGGGAACGGCUUGGAUACAAUGGAAUUAAGGUUGCACUUCCAGCAGAGACCACAACUGGAACAUGUUUCUUACAACUCUACAUUGAGUCUAUUCUGGCUCUUCAGGAAGCUAGCAGUAGGCUCACAAAAGGCGCAUGUCAAAAGGAGAUUCCUUUUGUAAUAAUGACAUCAGAUGACACCCAUGCUCGUAUAUUGGAGCUUUUAGAAUCAAAUUCUUAUUUCGGGAUGAAACCUACUCAAGUUAAACUUCUUAAGCAGGAAAAAGUUGCAUGCUUAGAUGAUAAUGAUGCUAGGCUUGCUUUGGACCCUCAUAACAAGUACAAAAUUCAGACAAAACCUCAUGGCCAUGGUGAUGUGCACUCGCUUCUUUAUUCUAGCGGCCUUCUGAACAUAUGGCGUAAUGCUGGUUUGAGAUGGGUUCUCUUUUUCCAAGACACAAAUGGACUCCUCUUCAAGGCAAUUCCAGCAUCACUGGGAGUCAGUGCUACUAAACAAUACCAUGUCAACUCUCUUGCUGUUCAACGCAAAGCAAAAGAAGCUAUUGGAGGAAUUACCAGACUCACUCACAGUGAUGGGAGAUCGAUGGUGAUCAAUGUCGAAUACAAUCAACUUGAUCCUCUGCUUAGAGCCACUGGACAUCCUGAUGGAGAUGUUAAUUGUGAGACAGGCUAUUCUCCUUUCCCAGGAAAUAUAAACCAACUGAUUUUGGAGCUUGGUCCAUACAUUGAGGAGCUGUCAAAAACAGGGGGUGCUAUUAAGGAAUUUGUUAAUCCCAAGUAUAAGGAUGCUAGCAAAACAUCAUUUAAAUCCUCAACUCGACUAGAGUGCAUGAUGCAAGACUAUCCUAAAACAUUGCCUCCCACAGCAAGAGUUGGAUUUACGGUGUUGGAUACAUGGCUUGCUUAUGCACCUGUGAAAAACAACCCUGAGGAUGCUGCUAAGGUACCAAAAGGGAACCCGUAUCACAGUGCAACUUCUGGAGAAAUGGCCAUAUAUCGUGCAAACAGUCUCAUCCUUAAAAAGGCUGGUGUCCAAGUGGAGGAUGCAGUGCAGCAGGUUUUCAAUGGGCAAGAGGUGGAAGUGUGGCCACGUGUUACCUGGAAUCCUAAAUGGGGGCUGACUUUCUCUGAUAUCAAAAGCAAAGUUAGUGGAAGUUGCUCCAUUUCUCAAACGUCUACCAUGGCCCUUAAGGGCCGUGAUAUCUUUCUUGAAGAUCUAUCCUUGGAUGGAGCUCUUAUCGUUGACUCUGUUGAUGGUGCAGAGGUAAAAGUAGGAGGAUCAAUACAGAACAAGGGCUGGCUUCUUGAGAGCAUUGACUACAAAGAUACAGCAAUACCAGAGCAACUGAGGAUCAGGGGUUUCAAAAUCAACAAAAUUGAGCAAUUGGAGAAAACUUACGGUGAACCAGGAAAGUAUAGCUUAAAGCCAUGAAGUUGAACAUAAGCAGAGACACAACAAUUCUUUUUUUUUUUUUGUUGCUUUUUUGUGAUUUGGUAAUCACUAGUUGGUUCAUAGCAGGAAUAAAUCUCUUUCCUUCAGUAACUUGUAUUAUUAUCAAAGCUAGUUGGUUUAGUAAGUAAUGUUCUUGGAAAUAAUGAGUUAAGAGGUGGUGAGAUUUUGUAUGAUAUAUUAUUACCUCGCCAUCAUUCAAACCUUCCCUAUUUCUCAACUCUUCGAUGUUUUUAUUCUGGAAUAAAAUUUUCUUGACAUUUGAACAA